AUGCUGGCAAACGGGCCCCUGGAUGCACGGCAGACAUGGGCAACCCCUGGAGCCGGGCGCCAGCGGCUGAGUGGAGUGCCUUUCAGCAGUCUACCCCGCAGUUCUAGCGCUGAACCCGCUGUACAUGGGCUUUUUCUCGCCGAAACCCCCCUGAAGCUUGCCAGCGGCUUUCCACAACGCCCAUUGGUGAGGCCGACGUGCGAGGCAUCACCUGUUCGAGAUUCCUUCAACUACCAUAUGCCCCAGCCGGCAAUCGACGACAAGCUCGUCUUCACGUUCGAUGCCGAGACGCUCUGGAUCCAGCCAUGGGGUGCCAACGCCCUGCGCAUCCGCUCGACCCGCGCUCGGGAGAUGCCCGACGAGGAUUGGGCCCUGCUGAAGCCGGCCGCAACGACGCCCAAGAUUACCAUUGACGAGCAGAGCGGUGGCACGCUCGAGAAUGGCAACGUCAAAGCCUCCAUCACCAAGGCAGGCAAAAUUACUGUACAUAAUGCAAAGGGCGAUCUGCUGCUUGAGGAAUACACCCGCGCCCGCAAAGAUGUCCGCGACCCCAAGUGCAGCGCCCUCAAUGUCGAGGCGCGCGAGUUCAAGCCCCUCGCCAACAGCGACAGCUACCACCUGACUGCUCGUUUUGAAUCCGUCGAUCCAGACGAGAAGCUUUUCGGCAUGGGCCAGUACCAACAGCCGUUUCUCGACCUCAAGGGCCAUGACCUCGAGCUCGCCCACCGCAACUCGCAGGCCUCUGUGCCUUUUGCCUUGAGCUCCCUCGGCUACGGCCUGCUUUGGAAUAACCCGUCCAUUGGCAGAGCGUUUCUCGGCCGCAACAUCAUGUCCUUUGACGCGCGAUCCACGACGACGCUAGACUACUGGAUCGUCGCCGGUGACACGCCCGCCGCCAUCGUCGAGGCCUACGCUGACGCGACGGGAAAGGUCCCAUUAGCACCCGAAUUCAUGCUGGGAUUUUGGCAGUGCAAGCUCCGCUAUCAGACCCAGGAGGAGCUUCCUCUCCGUGGCGAAGAAGAACUACUACGACAAUGGGCAUCCGCAUCUUCUGGCUCGACGAGGCCGAGCCCGAGUACAAGAUUUACGACUUUUGACAACUACCGCUACCACGCGGGGCCCAACACGGCCGUCGGGAACCUGUACCCGCUCGAGUACGCGCGCGCCUUCUACGAGGGCAUGCGCGCCGAGGGCCAGGAGAACAUUGUCAACCUGCUGCGCUGCGCGUGGGCCGGCAGCCAAAAGUACGGCGCCCUCGUCUGGAGCGGCGACAUUGGCUCCUCGUGGAUCAGUCUCCGCAACCAGGUCGCCGCCGGCUUGCACAUGGGCGUCGCCGGCCUGCCGUGGUGGACGACGGACAUUGGUGGCUUCCACGGCGGCGACCCCACGGACCCCAAGUUCCGCGAGCUCUUUGUGCGGUGGUUCCAGUGGGGCGCCUUCUGUCCCGUCAUGCGCCUCCACGGCUUCCGGGAGCCGAUGCAGCCGCAGCACGGCACGACGGGGGGCGCCGCGUGCCUCAGCGGCGCGCCGAACGAGGUCUGGUCCUACGGCGAGGACGUGUAUGCGAUUUGCAAAAAGUACAUGUUCCUGCGGGAGACGUUGAGGGAGUACACGCGGGGGCUGAUGAAGCAGGCGCACGAGAAGGGCACGCCGGUCAUGCGCAUGCUCUUCUACGAGUUCCCCGAGGAUCAGGAGUGCUGGAGAAUCGGGCAGCAGUACAUGUACGGCGACAAGUAUCUGUGCUGCCCGGUCCUGCAGGAGGGGGCGAGACGGACGAAAGUCUACCUACCAAAGCUGGCGAGCGGCGAGUGGACGUCUUUGCAGGAGGGCAAAGAGGAACGUUUUGCCGGCGGUCAAUGGAUCGAAGUUGAUGCCCCGUUGGAGUGGAUGCCUGUGUUUGUCAGGGAAUGA